AUGUCUUUCGGUGGUACCGGUGGCCGCGAUUGCCGCACUGGUUUUGUGACCUGCUUGGAGUGUAAUAAGCACGAGGUUACAGGGUUUGAGUUGCUUUGUGGCAGUCAAGAAUCCGACACACCUGGCCGUGAUGCUUGGAAAUGUCCGGCUUGUUCCAAUUUGUCUUACACCGAUAGCAUGUUGAAGAACAUGCGUUUUGUGGAGAUUGCUGCCAAUGGUGGCCCCCGUGGUGAUGACACGGAUGAUGGCGAAGAGCCCUCCACAGAUGGUUUGCGUGAAGAUGAAGUGGAGUUGGAGGUUCCAAAGCAAGGAAUUUCGAGAGUGGCGUUGGAUACCCCAAAGUCUGGCGGUUCAAAUAGCUCUGCUCUAGAGAACCCCGUCGUUUUUGAAGGGAGACGUGUCAACGCCAUCCUCAAUGACUUGGUAGAGUGUGAGGACCAAGUCAGUGCCAUACGGCACCGCUUGGUGAGGCUGAUCCGUGAUGUGCAGGAUUUCUAUUUCGAAAAUAGUAAGUUUCUUGACACCUGGCCAACUCCAUAA